AUGGGCAGAAGGGUCUGUGUCCGUGACUCAGGGAGAGAAGGGGGUACUGUGAGCAGUUUCUGGCCAUUCAUCUCCGCUCCUGCUAUCCGCGCAGGGACUCAAAAUGUGCUGCAGGCAUGCAAGGAUCUGGGAGUCCGGUAUCUAGUCUACACGAGCAGCAUGGAGGUGGUGGGGCCAAAUAUGAACGGAGACCAUUUUAUCAGGGGUGACGAAGACACACCGUACAACAUCUGCCCUGAGGGCCCGUACGCCUGCAGCAAAGCCGAAGCCGAGCAGCUGGUCCUGAGGGCAAAUGGCAUGAAGGUGGCCGGGGGGAUGACGCUGCACACCUGCGCGCUGCGGCCGACUGGGAUUUACGGAGAAGGUAACCCAGUCAUGGAGAACAUGUACCAUCAGCUGGUGAAAUUCGGCCGCAGGAGGCUUCGCCUGGCGCGGAAAGAGGUGGAACACGGGCGUGUUUACGUAGGAAACGUGGCCUGGAUGCACCUCCUGGCUGCGCGGGGCCUACAGGCAAGGCCUGGCCUGGUGGGCGGCGAGGCCUACUUCUGCUACGAUGACUCCCCCUACCUGAGCUACGAGGAGUUCGACAUGCACUUCCUGGGGGACAGCGGCUUCCGGAUGGUGGGGAUGGGCCAGGCCCCUCUGCCCUUCUUCGCCCUCUACCUGCUGGCCCUCCUCAGCCAGUGGGCCUGCCGCAUCCUCAGGCCCCUGCUGGGCUUCCAGAACUUUCUGAACGUCUACACCCUCCGCAUGAUCACCUCCACGUUCACCGUGAGCACCGACAAGGCCGGCCGCCAUUUCGGCUACUCCCCCAUCGUCUCCUGGGCGGAGAGCCGCGACCGCACCCGGGCCUGGGUCCGUCAACUGGGCGCCGCCCCGCCCCAGAGGGAGUAGAGGGAGCUUCACCCUUUAUCUAACCCCGUGCAGUCCCUGUCCCUCGGGGUGUUUGAUGGGGGGGGGACAGUGUGGAGGGAGCUUUACCCUGUAUCUAACCCUGUGCUGUCCCUGUCCCUCGGGGUGUUUGAUUGGGGGGGAACAGUGUGGAGGGAGCUUUACCCUGUAUCUAACCCUGUGCUGUCCCUGUCCCUCGGGGUGUUUGAUUGGGGGGGAACAGUGUGGAGGGAGCUUUACCCUGUAUCUAACCCCAUGCAGUCCCUGUCCCUCGGGUGUUUGAUGGGGGGGGGACAGUGUGGAGGGAGCUUUACCCUGUAUCUAACCCCGUGCUGUCCCUGUCCCUCGGGGUGUUUGAUGGGGGGGACAGCGUGGAGGGAGCUUUACCCUGUAUCUAACCCCGUGCUGUCAAUGAAGCUGAGAUCUGUGUUUGA